AUUUUAUGAUGUCUACGAAUCAAUCAGCAUCAGCCCCCUUGGGGACUGCUAUGGAUAGUUUAAGCCAAGCGCUUAAGUGCAACAUUUUACCAAACCAAGAAUAUUUAUUACAAGGCUCUGUUUUAGAUUCUGCCGUUGAAGCACUUCUACAUAGGUUAAGAGGUCUUUGCGAUAAUGUAGACUCUGGCCCAGAAACAUUUCACGACCACGAAGUGUGUUUUAGUCUCAGAGGACCCACACAAAUGAAUCCUUUAGUCCUCAGGGUACGUAAAGCGUUAGAUCAAGAAGCCCCAUAUCAAUUGAGAUAUAUAGGUGCCUCUGAAUUGGGUGAUCGUUCUAGACCGGCAGUGGUACGAUCGUCUAUAGAUAUCGCUUGCAGUUCCACUGUCAUGGAAUUUCUUACAGAACUCGGAUGCAGGAUAGAUUUUGAGUACACUGUUAGGGGAUAUAUGUUUCGGAAGGGACGGAUGAAGAUUACCGUAUCUAAGGUUUUCAAGAAAGGUGCAUCGCCCUCAAAGCCUGGAGAAGCCUUUGAACCAAUUUCUCAAAGUUAUCUUGUUGAAUUAUCGGUGCUUGCUCCGUCUGGACAAGACGCUAUAGCCGAAGACAUAAGAAUAUUUGCUGAACAGUUACGACCUUUAGUUUUGCUUGAAAAGAUUGAUUACAAACGCUUGGCUCAUGUUACAUAAAUAAGAAGAAA